AUUUAAUGUGAAACGUGCUCAAUAAAUUGCAUUUAAAAUCUCUAUUUAUUUAAUAACAGAUUGAUACAUUGCAUCAUUAGCAUAAAGAAUCUCAUAGUGAGAAGUGCUUUCGGUUAAAGAUAUUACUUCAUUCAAUAAGUUGCUAUUUUUUGAGUUCCGCACCCGCAAUAUUGUUGAUAAUAAUGGCAUCUGAGAGAUUGGCUUUAAUUAGCGUAAGUGAUAAGACUGGGUUGAUUGAACUAGUCCGAGCAUUGAUCGAGAAGGGAUUAAAAAUAACAGCAAGUGGAGGGACGUCAAAAUUAAUCAAGGAUGCUGGUUUGGCAUGUAUAGAUGUUUCAGACAUCACUGGAUUACCAGAGAUGCUUUCUGGGAGAGUAAAAACUUUACAUCCAGCUGUUCAUGCAGGAAUCUUAUCAAGGACCAUAGAAUCUGAUGUUGCAGACAUGAAUCGAAUGAACUAUAAAUUUGUUCAAUUCGUUGUUUGUAAUUUAUACCCAUUUUCCGCAACGAUCGCAAAGGAAACUUCCACUUUAUCUGAUGCUAUUGAAAAUAUAGAUAUUGGAGGAGUCACACUUUUACGUGCAGCAGCAAAAAAUCAUGAAAGAGUCACUGUAAUUUGUGAUCCAAAUGACUACGAUAAAGUUUUAGAUGAAUUGAAUCAAUUUGGCGAUACACAAAACUCAACAAGACAAUUGUUAGCAUUGAAAGCAUUUACACAUACUGCGGAUUACGACUCAAUCAUAUCCGACUAUUUUCGAAAGAAUUUUUCAUCGGGCACUUCUCAAAUCAACUUAAGAUAUGGCAUGAAUCCACAUCAAAAACCUGCUCAGAUUUUUACUACACUCGAGAAAUUGCCAUUGAAAGUGUUGAAUAGCGCACCAGGAUUUAUUAAUUUGUGUGAUGCAUUGAAUGCUUGGCAAUUGGUCAGAGAACUAAAAGCUUCUUUAAAUUUACCAGCUGCUGCCUCUUUUAAACAUGUCUCACCUUCCGGUUCAAGUGUCGGAAUUCCUCUAAGUAAACAAGAAGCGUCAGUAUGCAUGGUCGAUGAUCUGUAUGAUAUGUUGUCACCAAUUGCAAUUGCUUAUUCUCGUGCACGAGGUGCUGAUCGAAUGUCAUCUUUUGGAGAUUUUGUGGCUCUAUCCGAUAAAUGUGAUGUAAUUACAGCUAAAAUCAUAUCACGUGAGGUUUCGGACGGGAUAAUUGCGCCUUCCUAUGAACCUGAAGCUUUUGAAAUUUUAAAGAAGAAAAAAGGAGGAAAUUAUUGUAUUCUUCAAAUGGAUCCAAAUUUCGUGCCAAAUGAAAUUGAAAGAAGAACAUUAUUUGGCCUACAAUUGGAGCAAAAACGAAAUGAUGCCUUAAUAGAUGAGAAAGUAUUUACUCAAAUUGUUUCCAAAAAUAAAAAACUGCCAUCUGAUGCAUUAAGAGAUUUAAUUGUUGCACAAAUAGCUUUGAAAUAUACACAGAGUAAUUCUGUAUGCUAUGCUAAAAACGGGCAGAUAAUUGGAAUUGGCGCUGGUCAACAAAGUAGAAUUCAUUGUACUCGUUUAGCCGGCGAAAAAGCAAACAUUUGGUGGCUCCGUCAUCAUCCAAAAGUUUUAUCAAUGAAGUUUAAGCAAGGAGUUAAACGUGCAGAAAUUUCUAAUGUAAUUGACAAUUUUGUCAACGGAACUAUCGGUCAAGAUAUGCCAAUAAAACAAUUCGAAUCAAUGUUUGAGAAGGAAAACAUUCCAAAAUUAAUGACUGAUGAUGAAAGACUUGAUUGGAUUAAGAAAUUAGAAAAUGUUUCGUUAGCUUCUGAUGCCUUUUUCCCAUUUAGAGACAAUAUCGAUCGCGCAAAUUUGAGUGGUGUAAAGUUCAUUGGAUCACCCGCUGGAUCUACAAAUGAUCAGGCUGUUAUUGAUGCAUGUGAUGAACACGGAAUUGUUUUAAUUCAUACACCUUAUCGUUUAUUCCAUCAUUAAUUUCGUAAAAAUACAAAAAAUUACGUAAUAAAUGUUUAAAAAAUAAAAUAAAAGACAUUCAACAUUCUUGCCUUACCGGCAUAAAAUUUUUAUAGCUUGUUUAGAAUUAAGGGAUAAUAAAUAAAUAUGCAUCAAGAAAAUCAAUAAUGAAACGGAA